CCCGAACGGCAACCGGGAAUAAAGCGACGAUCACGGACAUAGCGACUUAGCAGCUCCACCUACUCCGAGCUCGGUUGAACUUCACUUUGUACAUAACUGCAACCGUCCCUUCAACCAAGAUGGACAACAAUUGCACCUCUCAAUCUCCUCAUAACCACUCAUCAUGGCCUCCAUAACCUGCACCCGCAGCCUCCGCGCUGUCCGCUGCCUCCCCCACCCCCGCCUCACCCGCUCCCAAUCCACCACCCCUUUCGCCUCCCUCCAAACCUCCCUUCCCGCCCGUCCCCCCCAACUCAUCCACGACCUCGCUUCCCCCGUCCCCUCCUGGAAACUCCACCGCAUCCUCACUGGCUUCGUCCCCCCUUCCUGGCUCCCCCCGACCCACUCCGACACCCCCAUCCCGACGGACCCCACCCCGCUCCCCCUUCCCCCUGCCCAUCACCUCGUCUACUUCAACCCCACCAUCCCCGAAAACAGCCUCCUUCCCGACGGCACCGACCCCUCGCAAUCCCCCGGCGGCCCGUUCGUCCGCCGCAUGUGGGCUGGCGGCGAUGUCACCUGGUUGAACCGCGGCGCGUUGGACCUAGCGGCAAACACCCCCGCCGUGUGCGUCGAGCGAAUCAAGGAUGUGGCAAUCAAGGGGAAGGAGGGCGAUGAGAAGGUGUUCGUGGGAAUCGAGCGGCGGAUGGGCCCCGUGGCGGGGUGGGAGGCGGAGCAGCGGGGGGAUGCAGUUGCGGGUGGGUGGGAGCAGUGCGUGGAGCGGCGGAAUAUCGUGUUUAUGCGGGAGCGGGCGACGGAGGAGAUUGAGAAGCUAAGGGCGGCGGUGCGGAAUGGGGAGGUGGUAAAGGGGAAGGUGGUGAAGGCGGCGCACGCGGCGACGAUCUCGCACGCGCUGACGCCGUCGCCGGCGUUGCUGUUUCGGUUCUCGGCGCUAACGUUCAAUGCGCAUGCGAUCCAUUUGGAUCCAGGGUAUUGUCGGGAGGUGGAGGGACAUCGGGGGCUGUUGGUGCAUGGGCCAUUAGCGUUGACGUUGGUGGUGACGAUGAUAGAGGCGCGAAUGAGGGAGACGGGGGGGACGAUUAAGAGUAUUGAGUAUCGGAAUUUGGCGCCAUUGUAUGCUGGGGAGGAGAUGAGGGUGUGUGGGAGGGAUGCGGGGAAUGGGAGGUGGGAUGUGUGGGUGGAGGGACCGGAAGGGGGGAUGAGUUUGAAAGGGACGGUUAUGACGGAGUAG